AUGACAAGGCUUUCAAAGGGAACUGGGAAGGACAGAGGGAAAGAUAAUGAAUUACAAAAUACAAACAUUUAUAUCCUAUCCUUUUGUGUGAUUGGUAUUUAUACCAGUUUUUUGACUUGGGCCCUAGUACAAGAACCCUUAAAUACUAAAGUUUGGACUAAUUCAAAUGAAAAGUUCCAAUGUCCUAACAUCAUUGCUGUAUCUCAAGCUAUUGUGGCUAUGAUCAUGGGAUAUGUUUAUUUGAAGUGGCAACGGAGUGAAUAUGAUCCUUUGGACCUAAUUAAAGAUUAUUCAAAGCAACUGAUUUUGAUUUCCUUUACUCAAAGUACUUCUACACCAUUGGCUACUUAUGCACUAAAUUACGUAGAUUACUUGACUUAUAUGUUAGCAAAAUCAUGUAAGAUGAUACCUGUAUUAUUGAUUCAUUUAUUAAUUUAUAGGUCCCAUAUUAAUAAAGAGAAAAAAAUUGUAGCUAUAUUAGUCACAUUAGGAGUCACAAUAUUCACUAUAGGUGGGAGUAAAUCUACUAGAAAAUCUGUAGCUAUAAAUAUUACUACUUUUGCUACUCGAUUCAGUUUAAGUUUUUCACCUAUUUGGUUUGGUUUUAUGUUAUUAUUAAUUAGUUUAUUUUUAGAUGGAUUGACAAAUGCUACACAAGAUCAUUUAUUAAAAAGUGCCAACAAGAGCUCUAAAAAUGACACAAAUAAAGAUGAAAAUGAUGAGAAAAGUCAUACUAAUCCAACUGAUAAAAAGAACAAAAAAAUAACUGGUGCUCAUCUAAUGUUUGCUUUAAAUUUAUUUAUUAUUCUUUGGAAUAUACCAUACCUUUGUAUUUUCCAUAAAGAACAAUUUAAUAAAGCAAUAAGGUUGAUUCAAUUAGAUCCUCAGAUUGGUUCGUAUUUAUUAGCAUAUUCUUUAUGUGGUGCCAUUGGACAAUGUUUUAUCUUUUUUACACUGGAAAAAUACGGAUCUCUAGUCUUAAUUAUGAUUACUGUCACUAGAAAGAUGAUCUCUAUGUUAUUAAGUAUUGUGGUAUUUAAUAAAAAAAUUAAUCUAACUCAAUGGAUUGGCAUCUUUAUUGUCUUUGGUGGUAUUUGUUGGGAAGCAGUUAAUAAAAGAAGAGCAAUCAAUUCCAAUAAAAGUGAAACGAACAAUAAUAGUGGUUUUGGUAUGGAUAGGAAAUUAAGAUAA